CGCACCGGCUUGACGUUUCGCGGCGCAGUCAACGCGCGCAUGCGUUUCAGGUUUGACGUGUGGGUAUAACGUCGUUUUCUUCCUCGUCUAUUGACAUUUCUUUCGUAACAUCUGUGUGUGCAAGUGGAUUUUUGAUUUUUCCAAAACAAAUCGUUGAGGAAAUACGCGAAAAUGGAGCGGAAUGAACGCAAGUCGAACUCUCGUAAUCAUUCGUUAACCGUUGACCGUGAUUCUAGGUUUUUAUUACGAAAAAUUGUGAUGGAUUUCAUCGUUCUGUUUUGCGUUGGCUUCCUAAUCCUCGCGUUCUACUUGUGGGGUACACCGUACAAGCGAGGUUUCUUCUGUGAUGAUGAGUCCCUGAAGCACCCUUAUAAAGAUUCCACAGUCACCAAUGUUAUGCUUUACAUCGUUGGAAUCGGCCUUCCUUCUAUAUCGAUGUGCCUAAUAGAAUGGCUGCGGCUAAGAGACUACAAGAGUGGAAGACCGCGCGCGCUCAUGGGUAAAGACAUCCCCGCUUGGCUCUGGGAGGCCUACAAGGUGGUGGGCGUCUACCUCUUCGGCAUGGCUUGCCAACAGCUCACCACUGAUGUCGCCAAGUACACCAUCGGAAGGUUGAGGCCGCAUUUCUUCGACGUAUGCAAACCUGACAUCAACUGUAACCUGGAUGAGAACAAGUGGCGGUAUAUUGAAAACUUCACGUGUCUCAACAACGACGCUAAGCUGCUGAAAGAGAUGCGACUAUCUUUCCCCAGUGGGCACUCCUCCUUCUCAGCUUACACCAUGAUUUACUUCGCUAUGUACCUCCAGCGGCGUUUCACCUGGCGAGGCUCGAAGCUGGCCAAGCACGGGUUGCAGUUCCUCCUCGUCAUGUUCUCCUGGUACACCGUCAUGACCAGGGUAUCCGACUACAAGCACCACUGGAGCGAUGUGCUCGCCGGGUUCGCUAUUGGCACACUAUACGCUGUUAUUGUGUUCACAUUCAUUUCUGAUCUUCGGAAGUCACCCCGUUCGCGGCUGUCGAACCAUGAUGCCGAGUUACACGUGACCAACGGGAACACUAGAACUGCCACUGGCUGGCAGGUCUGACAACCCACCCCGCCUGGCUCCCAGACUCUAAGCGAGGAGGAGGAGGUAACAUGACCAGAACCACAACAGAACCAAAUAUCGUGGAUCUCCCACGAAUAUAUAGCCAAUUAGUGCUACAUGGACUCCUAAAGGGAAAAGUGUUCUUGGGUGUACAAAACGUGCAACGAUGUAAUUGUUAAGUGCAAAUUGGAAUGUAUUUUAUUUCUAGAAAAUUCUACGUUU